AAAAAUAUUAAUUUCCUCCACAUCUCCAUGAAAUCUUACGAUAUCCUCCAGAUCGAUUUCAAGAAAAGUUCGAUCAAAAUCCAAAAUGAACACGAAUUAGAGCAACUUAAGAGAAUCCAGACCAAAAUAGACCAGAUUUCAGAAAUUUAUGAACAGAAUCAAGACCUCAAAAAUAGUGUAAAAACUCAGACAACGAAAUAUUUACAGAGACUAAAAGAUAUUGACACUGAACAAGCAAGGCUGGAUGCUUUUGAGUUAAUCACUAAGAAAGCCCAUGGGUCCUUCUUGGCCAAGAUUUAUGAGUCUAAAGACACUGAUGCUCAUUCACAAGAGCUUUAUAACAAGUAUUCCUCUAUUAGGAUGAAAAAUUUAAUGAGAUUCUCCUUUGUAGGAAGCUAUCUGACCUUCAUCUUCGGCUUUUGCUAUUUCAAUAAUGGCAUCUUGACUAAUAAACUAAUGAAGGUAGGCACCUUUGGAUGUAUUGGAGUCCUUCCUUCGGUCUUAAUGGCUUACUUGGUGCAUUCACAAAAUAACACAGAUGUUGUAAAUUUAUACUUAGACAGUAAAGCAUAAAUUCAGUUAGGAUA